AUGGGUAUCGCCGUUGGAGCCUCGACCCUGAAUACCGAUGCGGCUCAGGCUGAGAAGCCUGAGUUGGAGAAGGUGAACUGGUGGCAUGAGCCUGGUUUGCGAAAGCUGUACUUCUGGGCUGCCGUGCUUUGUGUCGCAUCUGCGACUACUGGUUACGAUGGUAUGAUGCUGAAUACAUCUCAAAAUUUGGAUGCUUGGCAAACCUACUUCAACACGCCUACUGGGUCCGAACUGGGAUUGAUGAAUGCCAUCUAUCAAAUUGGAAGUCUCAUCAGUUUCCCAUUUGUUCCCUUCCUCGCCGAUCGAUGGGGUCGCAAGCUUCCUAUCUUCAUUGGCUGCUUGCUGAUGGUCCUCGGUGGACUUCUGGGGGCAUUCUGCAAUGGAUAUGGCAUGUAUGUCGCCGGUAGACUGCUUCUGGGCAUUGGAAACAGUCUCGCACAAAUGGCUUCGCCCAUUCUGUUGACUGAGAUCGCCCAUCCUCAACACCGUGGAAAGGUCACCACAAUCUAUAACUGCUUGUGGAACUUGGGUGCGCUGGUCGUGGCCUGGCUAGCAUGGGGAACGAUGCAGAUCCACUCUGACUGGUCAUGGCGUGUCUUGACCCUUCUGCAGAUCUUCCCAGCAGUCAUCCAACUUGUUUUCAUCUACUGGGUCCCAGAAUCUCCUCGAUGGCUUGUUUCGAAAGAGCGCUAUGAAGAAGCGCUCACGACACUCGCCUACUACCACGGAAAUGGCGAUCAGAACAAUACGACCGUUCAGUUUGAAUACCGCGAGAUCAAGGAGACUAUCAGUCUGGAGAUGCAGUACAAGAACAACAGCAGCUACCUUGAUUUCAUGAAGACAAAGGGAAACCGAUAUCGUCUUGCGAUUUUGAUUUCGCUCGGUAUUAUCUCUCAAUACUCUGGAAAUGCUCUGUUCAGCAACUACAUGAGCUUGAUCUACAACAGCAUGGGUAUCACCGAUCAGAAUAAGAAGAUCCCGUUGAACGGCGGACAAACACUACUCAGUCUGCUCGUCAGUCUGUCUUGUGCGUUUUUCGUUGACCGGUUUGGAAGACGACUCCUCUUCCUAGUUUCGACCGUCGGUAAGUCAAACCUAACGGAAAUGAUCUACCAAAUUCUAAAAUCCUUAGGCAUGGUUCUCAUGUUCCUUGCAUGGACCAUCGUCUCUUCCGUCUAUGAGCGAACCCACGACGUCAAGAGCACAGGCUAUCCCCAAGUCGUCUUCGUUUGGCUCUUCUCCGUCUUCUACGCAAUUGCCUGGUCGGGUCUUCUCGUCGCAUACGCUCUUGAAAUUCUCCCCUACCGUCUACGCGCCAAGGGAAUCAUGAUCAUGAACCUGACUGUCCAGGCAUCUCUGGUCCUUGGAAACUACACGAACCCGAUCGCAUGGGAGAAUCUGCCCCAUCACUGGAAUCUUUCGCUGAUCUACACCAUCUGGAUCUUCAUUGAGCUGCUGUUUGUUUACUUCUUCUACGUGGAGACUCGCGGUCCUACUCUGGAGGAGCUUGCCAAGAUCUUCGAUGGCGAUGAUGCAGCUGUUGCGCAUGUCGAUCUACAACAGGUUGAGAAGGAGAUUCAUAUCUCUGAGAAAGAGACAACUGGAUAUCGGGAGCGGGUCUGA